AUGCGUCUCACCGUGUCAAAGGCUCUUCAUUUGUUGGCAGUUCUUGCCUUUCUUGAACAGAUUGUUUUUUCUCGCAGAAUUCCGGAAGGAUUCGCAGAUGCAAAGCGAACCUGUGAUAUCGAGCCCUGCGAAGUUAACAAACGCCUGCCUGGCAGCCCGCACGGGGCUGUUGCUGACCUGCGCAUCAGGGCUCCUCCUCCUCCUCCCGUUAGACCGCCGGUCGGAAGACCCGGAGGGAAGCCUCCAAAUAACCCUCACCAUGUAGGAAAGCCGGGCGGCAACGGGCCAGGGGGAAAAGGCCCUUCUAUAGGGAUACCACACGAGCCACCAGCGAGACCAGGGUCACCGCCUGAACCACGGCCAGGACCUUAUGAGCCUCGAAAGGCACCCUCGGAUGAAUUACCCCUUCCAUUCGAGGCAUACGGCGCCAAGGGCAGGGUAGCGAUGCGCGUGCUAGACCAGGCCAUUUCUAGCAACAAACCCAACGUGAACAGGCCAAAGGUGGACAAGCUUUACCAUGUGUCCAAGGACAAAGUCGGUGCAGAUUUUACACUGCCUGAGUUGCAUGACAAAAUUGGGGUGGUAAAUGACAAGAGCAAAACGAUAUUCACACGGAUCACAGUUAGAAACGAUGAGGGCCUCUUCAAGAAGGAAAUCAGUGCUGAUGACAUCCAUCAAGCAGUCUACUUUCCAGAGGCAAGAACAAUUCAGGUCAAGGAAAGCUUUGCCAAGAAAGACGUUCUGCCUGAUGACGUCCGCCUAAAAUGGUCGGAAAUAACCUUUCAAAACUGGAAAUCUGUGGCAGGAAACAAUGUGAAGGAUCUCAAAUAUAUACUCCGUGACACAAUUAUAAAUCAAGGCACAUCUGACACAAUAACCCAGGCAAGGCUGAACCUCAAAAUUCCCGAGGACGACCCAGCAGCAUUCCAUCCCUCAACACCGGGCUCUGCGAUGGACAACGCUUUCAACAGCUUAGCAGGAACACCCAAUGUCAGAUCUGUGUGGCACAUGCUAGCUGAUCACCACAGGGAAUUCGGUGACCUUAAGAUUGUCAAAAUCCACACAUACGCUUACGACUCUUUUCUCCUAAUCGAACUGGGCCGUUAA